UGACACCCCACGUCACGUGACCACACUUCCAAAAACACUUUAAAAGACUCGGGAUACCACCAGAAUUCCCACAUGAAUGAUUUCACACCUCUACCUCAAGAAAAAGUCCCAGGAGUGGACAAACAGGACAGAAAAGUCUCACAGUUCCUUACCCUGUGAUGAGUUCCAUUCAGGAUCCAUAUGCACAGCUCAGCCUCUGAUUAACUGCUGCAGAAUCGCCGUUUAUUUCUAUAAUAGCCUACCUUAAUAUGGCAUUGACAAUCACAGACUUGUCCAGUACGGUUUUAUUCGGAUGUGUUAUCAUUUUCAGCACCGUGCUCUAUCCUGUUGACUCUUAUCUCUACAACAACCGUUAUGUCGGUGAUCAAGUAUUCAGAAUAAUCCCCAGCAGCAACACAGAGGUUCAAGCUGUCAAACAGCUUUUCCAAAACCUGACGGUGGACCUUUGGCAGCCCAACAGCGCAUCUCUGAUUCGAGAAAACAGCCCAGUAGACGUUCAUGUGGGACGGAACAAGACGCAAUGGCUUAGAAGACAUCUUUACCAAGCGCACAUCUACUAUGAGGUGCUCAUUUCAAAUCUCCAAACCCAAAUUGAGAAACAGACCGGAUACCGUUCCUCCAGAAAGCGCAGAUCGGAAUUGCAGUAUGACUAUGAAGUGUACCAUCCUUUGGAAGAGAUCAAGAGUUGGAUGUUUGAGAUGAACCGGACUAACCCGCACCUGGUGGACCUGUUCUCUAUUGGUCAGUCCUAUGAGGGACGACCCCUCUAUGUGCUCCAGUUAGGAAAGAGAACACGUCCCUUUAAGAAGGCAGUGUGGAUAGACUGUGGAGUGCAUGCAAGAGAAUGGAUUGGUCCAGCUUUCUGCCAAUGGUUUGUUAAAGAGGUAUGUGCACUGAACUCCUAUCAACAUGACUCCAGCAUGAGACGACUGAUGAAUCAGCUCAAUUUCUACAUUAUGCCUGUCUUCAACGUAGACGGUUACCAUUACAGCUGGAAGACGGAUCGCUUUUGGCGGAAAACGCGGUCAAAGAUUCCAAAGUAUCAUUGUCGGGGAGUGGAUGCCAACCGAAAUUGGAAAGUCAAAUGGUGUGAUCAGGGUGCAUCCCUGCACCCCUGUGAUGACACAUACUGCGGUCCCUUCCCUGAGUCAGAGCCUGAGGUCAACGCUGUUGCCAAGUUUCUACGCAAACACAGGAAACGGGUCAAGGCCUACAUCUCGAUUCACGCCUAUGCUCAGAUGCUCCUCUAUCCGUAUUCCUACAAAUAUGCCACUAUACCAAACUUCAACUGUGUGGAAUCAGCAGCCCAGAAUGCAGUGAGCGCUCUGUACUCAGCUUAUGGAGUGAGAUACAGAUACGGCCCUGCCUCCACUACGCUUUAUGUGAGUUCUGGAAGCUCAAUAGACUGGGCCUAUAAGAACGGGAUCUCAUAUGCCUUUGCUUUUGAGUUGCGUGAUACGGGCUACUACGGGUUCUUGUUGCCGGAAGCCCUGAUUAAUCCCACCUGUACAGAGACGAUGAGAGCAAUAAAGACCAUCGCCUCAGGACUCCUGAAGAAAUGUACCAAAUGAAACUUUGUACUUGACUUUCACUCUUUGUCUCAUAUCUUCUCUCCAUCGAUUUCACAGUUUAGCCCAUAAGCCACAGCAAUAACUAGCUAUGUAC